AUGGCAUCUCCCAAGAACGCUAAGAGCAGCACCGGCUCUGGCUCCAAAAGCAGUGGCUUCGGCGGCAAAGCCCCCUCUCAGGCAAACAACUUGCAGCAAAACCUCAACGAAUGGGUGCAGAAAAUCAAGACACUUGAAGGAAAACUGAACGCCGAGCGGAAGAAAACCCAAGAACUUGCAGGAAACCUGAGCAUCGAGCGCAAGAUUCGUGAAAACGAAAGAAAGGAGAACACCCGGAAUUACGACAGAGUCGUAGAGCUGGGCUACACACGUCGAGUCGAGAUCGCCAGCCCUGUUCUCAAGUUCGAAAACAUUCCGACUGACCUUUUGGACCUGGAGAACACGUGGAACAAUAUCAAAGUCGAGCGGCUUCCUGACAGCGAAUUCGACUUGCCGAUACCUGAUUUUGUCGAAGAUUCGUUCAACCCUACCGGAAAAGCCGAUGCUUUGACGAGCUCAAGUCUUCCUCCGGCCAUGCUAGCUGGCGCGGCGGCGACUGCGAUGCAGAGGCUCUGA